AUGAAGGCCGCCGUUGUUCUCCUUGCCGGCGCCGCGCUGGCUUCCGCCCAGACCGUUUACUUCAUCCGACACGGCGAGAAGCCCAGUGAUGAUAGCGAUCCCAACCUAAGCGCCCAAGGACAGCAGCGCGCCCAAUGCCUGAGAACCGUCUUUGGUGCCAGUUCCCAAUACAACAUUGGCUACAUCAUUGCCGAGAAGCCCAAGGAUGACAGCCGACUUCGUCCUCUUAACACAGUCACUCCCUUGGCCCAGGACCUUGGCUUGACUGUUGACACAAGCUGCGGCAAGACCAAGUCCGACUGUGUCGCCGACCUCGUCAGUGGCUACAAAGGCUCAGGCAACAUCCUCAUCUGCUGGGAGCACAGCGAGCUUACCAACAUUGCGGAUGCAAUGGGCAUUGACAAACCUCCUACAUACCCGGAUGAUUCAUUCAACCUGAUCUGGACUUCCCCUGCGCCACACACCGCUGUUACCAGCAUUACAUCCGAGAAUUGCCCUGGCUUGGACAGCUAA